CCUCCAGCAGUCUCUCUUCUUCCACAGACAAUCCAAACUUAAACUCCAUCAUCACUCUCCGUCUCUCUCUUAGCAAACCCUAUGGCCUCCAUAGCAACACCAUAUUCUUUCUCUCCUCCCGCCAUAAAAACUCAAAUUCUUCCCAUUCGGGUCCAUAAAAAACACAAACUCAGCUAUCGAAACUCCAUCGCCUCUCGCUCUCUAUCUCUCCCUCUCAAUCAGACGAACCGUGCUGCGGCCUCCACAGCAACACCAAAAUCUCUCUCUCCUCCUGCCACCACCGACCUCCAAAGCCUCCUCGAAGCUGCGCGGCCAUUCAUCCGUGGCGAGCUCGAGCUCAUUGACCCACGCCUCCCCUCCCUUGUAGCCACCCUCCGCUCGGUCGGUGCUGGGGAGUGCUGGCAUAAGAACGGCAGCUUCCUUGAGCACCUCGUCGACACCUACCGCGUCCUCCGUCUCUGGCGGGCCCCUGAUGCCGUCUGCCUCUGCGGCCUCUUCCACUCCGCCUACUCCAACUCCUACGUCAACCUGGCCAUCUUUGACCCCAACACCGGCCGUGAAGUCGUCCGUAGCCACGUUGGCGAGGCUGCCGAGCGCCUCAUCCACCUCUUCUGCAUCGUCCCCAGGCAGACCCUUAUCCACGACGACCUGCUCUUCCACUACGACGACUCGGAGCUCAUCGAGCACCUGAAGCUGUCAGAGAUGUCCCUCCGGAGCGCCAAAGAGAAGGGAGUAUUCAAAGGCGACGAAGCGUGGCGGAAGAAGGUCCAGUCGCUGUUGCCAGCAGAGGGGAUAAAAGUGAAGCACAUAAAGACUGGAGUGGACAUGCUCGUUUCGAGGAGGGUGGUUGCGGUUUUUCUGAUGAUCACCAUGGCCGAUUUUAGCGAUCAGUUCUUCGGGUUUCAGGACAUGCUGUUCAAGAACAGCGACGGGCGGAUGGAGUUUACUGGGAACAAUUUCUGGGAAUUGUGGCCCGGGGACGGGAAGCCCGGGCUCUGGAUGAACUCAAUAUCGAGGAUGGGUGCGGUCUACAUGCUCGUAGCGAGAGAGGAAGAGAUCUUCAUGCUCGAAAAGAAUAAGAACAAAACCAAUGCCAAGUCCAAGCCACCGUCGAAAGAGCGAGAUGAGGACAUCGAGCUCGUGGUGCCACCAGUGUUCGAGUCCUGCACGCGGGUCCUCAGCGCAAGGGACCAGAUUGAGGCGAGGGACGAGUACUGGGAAGCAGUUUGCAAUGUCAGCAAGUUGGGAGGAGCCGAGAAUUACGACGCGGUGGAACAGAGGCUGAGGGAAAGCAUCGAGAAGAACCCGUUCAUCGGGGAGCCUCAUGUGGUGCUGGGGCAGCUAUGUCUGGGGAAAGGGCGGUACGAGGAGGCGGAGGCUGAGGCCGAGGCCGGGCUGAGGCUGCUGCUGGAGUGGGGGAGUCCCUGGGACAAGAGGAUGUCUUGGGAAGGGUGGGUGGCCUGGGCCAGGGUUUUGCUCAUGAAGGCCAGAGAGAGGUCUUGGGCUAGCACUGCUUGGGGGAUUCUCAAUUUAGGGCUUGUAAGGUGAUUUGAUUAGGUUGUGAUGGUGUUGAUUUGACACUAGUAAUGUUAGAUAUUCAAAAUGAAUGUCGAGACGUGAUAUGGAGAAGUUCUAUGUGUCCAGGGGCAUCUAUUAUUUGUUAUUGUUGCAAACUGUGCGAUGUAAGAUAAUAUGGAUAGUUGAUAGCUCUUUCCCCGUUAUGUAUGUAUGGCCUUACUUUCUCAAUAUUCAUCAUUCGAUAUUCACUAUUUUGUAGUUCUGCUUGUAUAUGCGAAUGAAACGAAAUAAAACCCUUUUAUUAGCUUCCAA